AUACAAUUGCAAAUUUCCUAAAUAUUGCUGAAUGACAAAUAUAGCUUUUACAAUAAAUAAUAAGUAGUGAUCUUGGCCUUCAGUUGUCAAAAAUAUAUGCCUGCAAACCACAGAAAAGUGAUUGGCAACGAUGUAUGGUUUGUUUUUGUAGAGAGGAGAAAUUGAUGUUGUAGAAGUAAACUUCUGAUCUCUGCAAUUAUUCUUUACGUAAUCCAAAGAUGAUGAAAAGCUGUGCGGUACCGUCUUGUCCUAAUGACUCUUUACGCCAUCCAGAAUUAAGCUUUUACAGUUUCCCGAGAGAUGCUAAUGCUCGGGGUGAAUGGCUUGAACAAAUAGGACUAAAGCGUAGUGAUUGUAAUAACAACCUGAAAAUCUGCGAAGUACAUUUUAAACCAAAAGAUUUUUGUGCUGGGAAGAGACAAUUAAAAACUCACGCUCUUCCUGUUUUGAAAUUAGGAGUAGGUAAAACUGAACCAGUCAACAGUGAUGAUGAAUUUAUGCAGUGUAAUUCUGAUAGUGAUCCAGAAAUAGUGGAAGUAAAGAAAAUCAGUGCUGCUGCUGUUGUUGAUCCAGCUACCAAAAACAAAGAAAAGCCUGUUGAGAAGGUUACUAUAAAGCAAGAGCCUGUAGAUUGGGAAAGUGAACCCACUGGUAGACCAUCUAGAAGAGCUGCUCGUUUGGCUGCAAAGAAGAUUUAUAACACAGUACACAAUUAUGGUCUUGGAGAAGUUGAUGAUUCUGAUAUUUCUGAAGUAGUUGUACCUCCAAAACCUGUAAGUACCCCACGGUCAUAUCCAAGACAAAGAGCUAAACCUGUUCAGAAUAUGAAAUUUGCAUCUGCUAAUAUAGACCUUCUGAUGGAAUGUCAUGAAGAAUUACUCAGUGCUGCACAAGCUGAAGCUUUACUCAAAGCACAGUUAGAGUACAAUAUGGUCAUGAAAACUCUACGUUCCUUGAAAGCCAAUAAUGUCAGAAUUAUUUGUACUCCCUUAGAUGAAUUUGUUCCAGAGACAGCGGACCAGAAUUCUAAUCAGUUGAAAAGCAGUGGUUCUGAUACUUUGCGUAAAUCUCCAAAUAUUGUAACCCUUGCAGCGUUAAAGAGUGAAAAUGUAGGUAUUGUACCUAUGGAACUGUCAUCUGCUUCGCAGUCUCCAUCAUCAGUUUUUACAUAAAUCAUAAAAAAAACAUGAAGCAUAUUAGUUAUAAGUGUUGGCAAGUGUGAUGGCAAGGAUUUGACAUCCUCCGAUGGUGAUUAAUCUGCAAAUGUUUUGUAUUUUUACAAAUUUUAUUGUAAAAUUGUGAUAAUUGUGUCUUACAUUACAUUGUUAAAGAUUGCUAAAAUUUAAGAUCAUAUUCCCAAAAUAUGUUUUUACAUUUAGUUUGGUGUUUUGGACUUUGUGGUGCAAUUUAGUUUUACUGGAUAUAUAAAUUUAUUGAUAAUUAUUCUAAUUAAAUCAAAGAAAAAAAUGUUCAUAUUCUUUGUGAAAAUUAUAUCAUAAAAUGUAAAUUUUAGGGUAACUGUGUGUAAAUAUAUUUAAUUUUUUUUUUUCUUUUUAUGGACAUAUUUUUUGUCAUAUAUAAUAUAAGGGGCAUUCAAAUGAAAACGAGACAGAUGGGAAAAGAAGGUAAUUAAACUGUUUUUUAUUUCAGAAGUAAUAGCCAUAACCCUUAAUACAUGUAUCCAACUAUGAGAUAAGACGGUUCAAGCCGUGAUGGAAAAGCGUUUUUGUUUGCUGAUGGAACCAUGAUUGUACCCAGGCAGGCACCUCUUCUUCUGAAGCAAAUCAAUGGCCACAAAUGCCUUUCUUCAAGGCUCCAAAAAUAUGGAAAUCUCAAGGGGAUUGAUCUGUACUGUAUGGAGGAUACAUAAGCACUUAAUAACAAAACACUUCUUCAUGGCGCGUUUAAUUUUUUGCAGAGAUUCCACAUACUGGUGCGCGUUAAUUGUGGCACCAUGUUCCAGAAAGUAAAUGAGCUGCAGGCCCUUGCAGUCAAAGAAAAAGGUCAGAUGGCUUUCCUGGAGCUGACAUGCACGGCUUUUGAUUUUUUCGAUGGGGGGGAAACCGUGUUCUUCCACUGUUGGCUCUGACACUAACUCUCCAGCUUAAAAUGAUGUCACCAUAUUUCAUCAAUAAUACAGACCGUAGACGAUAUUCUUCAGAAUAAUACCGUUCCAGGUGCUGUGCUGUGAUAUCGACAUUGUAUUCAUUUUCUGCUUCUCCAUCAGACUGUGGGCAACUCCCUAAACACAGAUUUUCCAGAACUUCAGAUGAUCUGUCAAGUUGGCAUGAGUGGUGCCAUGACUAAUGCCCAACGUGAGCCGAAUGGGUUCCGCCAUCUGCAGUUGGUCUUCUCUGACAACAGCAUCCACCACAGCUGAGGGAGUAAUGAUGUAAUAAGCCUAUCUUGGCCGGCUGCUGUUUUUAAAUGAUACCUGAUCUUCUCAAUAUUGUUUAUUCCAUUCAAAAGAACCUGCACAUGACAUACUCUAUUCGCCAUAGACAACAGACAUUCAGACAGGGACAGAGAAAAGUGGAUGGAGCAGCAGAACUUCGUCAGUGACUUUUGCAGAUAUUCCUCUGUUGCACUACUAUACGUGCUGGGCAUUCGGUAGGCCUGCAUCAGAAGCCAACCCAACAAGACAUUUACUGAGAUACUUUACAUUGAUCUUAGACUUUCGUAUUGAAUAUAUGAUUACAAUAACACGGUAUACAAUUAUUACAAUGAACUAAAUCGAUUGACAAAAGUUGGAUUAUGACAAAUUAAUGUAACAUAAUUACAUCAAACAUACAUUAGUACAUCAUACAAACAAUGCAUUUACAUUAGUAUAUCAAAUCACAUUUAAAAAAAUUUUAAGGAACUAAUUAUUGUUGAAUAUUUUGUGCAUCUUCUAGUACAUAGUCAUAUUCCUAAGGCAAUUAUCUUAAUACAUUUCCUUUCUCUCUCUCUCUCUCUUUCCCCCCCCCCAUGUUACAGACAGUUGUAACAUUUCUGAAAUCUUACAUUGUUUUUAUGGAUUAAUAUAUCAUAAUUACAUCAAGCAUACAUUAGUACUAGUAUUUAAUGUACUCAAGUGUAAUAUGUGUCCUUUCUUUGCAGUGCAGCUCUUUUGUGAGCUGGCACUUGAAAAUAAAGUGCUCUGGGUCUUCCUUUUCCCCACAUAUGCACUUCUCUGAGUUGCUCAAGUUUUGUGCAAAGUAGUACAUGGGGAAAGAACCACGUCCAGAUAAAAAGAUGUUAAUAAAGAAGUUAUAUGAGAUUGGAUCAUGUGUGAGUUUUUUAUAGAAGUUAAAAAGUCUUCUACCUACUUCUGCAUUUUUCUCAUUCAGCUUGGCAUUUCUUUAAUGUAAAUUUUCCCAGCAUGUGUUUCACAUAUGAUUUUGGGAAUGGGACAUUGAUCGAUGAUAGAGAUGGGUCUUGAGCUGCAUCCUUUGCAAGCGCAUCUGCCCUUUCAUUUUGGGCUUGUACUGCAGGUGCUUUUACCCACUUUAUUUUUAUAGAUGUCCGAUUGUGCUGUGAUGUUAAAUCAUGGAUAUCUUGUACUAUUGAUGUUUUUUUUUUUUUUUUUUUUUUUUUUUUUUUUUGCAUCAUUAACAGCUUUUAUUGCUGCUUGGCUAUCACUGUAGAUGGUAAAAUGUCUUUAAUGAGCCUAUAAAGUAGCUUGUUUUAUGGCUGAAAGCUCAUCUUGAAAAAUGCUGUUGUUGCUUCUUAGGUGUCCCUUCCAUUCUGUUGUUUCUUGUUUUGAGACGAGUGCUAAGAACACACAUCCUACUUCUUCGUUUAUUCUUUAUUCUUGACUCAUCAGUGUACACUACUGGAAAUGUAGGUAUACUGAGGGUUUCUUCUUCGGUAGAUAUUUUAAGUUUGGAAUGUACUGCAGGGUGUCUUAGGUAAGGAUUUCAAGACUGUUCGAAAUCAAGGGUCAAGGGGGUUCUUCCAUUCUGUUGUUUCUUGUUUUGAGACGAGUGCUAAGAACACACAUCCUAUUUCUUUGUUUAUUCUUGACCCAUCAGUGUACACUACUGGAAAUGUAGGUAUACUGAGGGUUUCUUCUUCUGUCGAUAUUCUAAGUUUGGAAUGUACUGCAGGGUGUCUUAGGUAAGGAUUUCAAGACUGUUCGAAAUCAAGGGGGUACAGGUCUUUAUCUAUGUUUGAACCUCUAUGUUUUUCUUGAGAUGAAAUAAUGUGGCUAAGUCUGCAUCUUCUUCUACUUUUAGAUGGAGGGGUGGGAUUCCUGUUAAUACACAGAGGGCUGUCGUUGAGGUAGUUCUGUAUAAUUUGCUAUUUGUAAGCGGAAGGGGUGUAGAAACGAAGCUAGGAUUCUUUUCUUCCUCACUAUCCAUGGGGUGAGCCCAUGCUGAUGCCCCAUAAAGCAUUAUUUUUUUUAUCACGGUUUUAUAAAGGAUGUUUAGCAUCCUCGACUGGAGGGCCCACGCUAUCCUUGCGAGAGCUCUAGAAAUAAUCUGAGUUUUCUUUCGAAUGUCCAUGAGGUGUGGAAUCAAAGAAAACUUUUGGUCAGUUUUCAAUCAAAGAAAUUUUAUUUCUUUUAAGAUGUUGAUUCUUCUGUUAUUGAUUUUAAUGCAAGGGAGCCUUUGUAGCAGUUAUCCCGUUUAUGGAAAUAAGAUAAUAUGUGAUUUGGGCUCUGAAAUUAUUAGUUCUUGAUUAAUGCAGAGAGAAUGGAAUAUGAAGAAGGUCUCAUUGUUAUUCUUGUCUAGUAUGUCUUUUGAGUGCACAUUUGUUACAAAAGCCACGUCAUCUGGCUUUGAGACAUGAUGUGGAAUUGAGCUUUGUAUGGUCUGGUCAAUUGUAAGAGGUGAUGUUCCAUAGGUCUGCAUUUAGACAAGAACCCUGUGAGAUAUUUGGAUAUGAAUUUCAUUUUCUGACACUCCUUUAAACAGUGAAAAAAUGGACUACAGCAUGCUGUUUCUGUUUCCUGGUUACCAUAGUGAUGGCGGACGCACACACGGCUUGCUGACCUCAUUGAGCACGUCUAACAGACAAAUGACACAGCAGUGAGCGUUUACACUGUUCCUUCCUGAUUCCCAAUAGUGGGCGCUUCCAUACACAAGCUUACCUGCUUUGCCAAAUUCUACGCCAGGCUCGUUAUAUAGUCUGUCUCGUUUUCGUUUGACUCCCUCUUAUACUUUACAAAAUUACAGUAAAAGCUUAAGUAUUCAGAAAGCUCUGGAAAUGUUAUAUACUGGUACGUGAAAAUUUCAUAUAGUUGAUCAUAUAUAGAAUGCAAUUCAUAGUCAAAGGAAUGGAAGGAGAAAUCUAAAAAUGGCUUUAAAAAUAAAAACAGUCAUCUGAUUUAUUAUCAACGUGGAUAUAAAAAAAAAUCUAAGCGUAAUAUUCUGUAAAUGUUUUUUUUUUUUUUUUUUUUUUUUUUAAUUGCAUUUUGAGCAUAAAAGGUGGUGUAUUUUCUGAUUCCUUAAACAUAUAAAAGCAACAUGUUAUCUGAUUAUGAGUAUCCACCAAACUUGCACCAAUCAUUCCAGCUGAAGUUUGAAAGAGCUGCUUGCUCUUUAUUUAGUUAGGUAAUCAAGAGAUACACAUUAUGAAUAUAGCAUAUAAAGAACUUAAAUUACAUGUCAGAAUUUUUCAUGUUGCAUUAUCAUUGUGUCAUGCUCAUUACAAUGCAUUUUUCUUGUACCAGGCUCUUGGUAAUUUUGUAAUUACUUCUAUUUAGGGCAGGUCCUAAAUUUUAAAGUCUCUUGCUUAUUCUGGUUGAAUGCUGGAUAGUGGGGCUUUUAUUGUAACUUGUGUUUAUUGUUUUGCAGAGUUGGAUAACUGCACCAAUAUAGGCUAUUGGCAGUUUAUAAAUCUUAAUUAAAUAUAUUAUUCUUAUCUUUCCAAACAGUAUUCUUUUCAAAGUAAAUAUUGUCACUAGUCAUUAGGAUCUUUUUUUUUUUUAAGCAGGAGAAAUGAAAAAAUGUGCAAUUUCCUCGCCAGGACCUCUCGAAUACACAUCGAGUAUGCUUCCGAUUACACUACAAAAGCAUGCAAAAAGGAGGGAAAAUACCUUAUAAAGUAUUUAAAGUGUAUCAUUCUAUUCCAUUGUUUUGCUGAAAUUACAAACCAAAGAGAUAAAUGUUUUUAUGUUUAUAAAAAUGUUACCACAGUCAAAAUGAGCUGAUGAAAAAAAAAAAAAAAAAAAGUAUCACUCAGUUGAUAUAUCAAGUUGACAAAUAUAUUUUUCUAGAGAAAUAGAAAAUAUUCUAUUUCUAGAUUUUCUCUAGAAAAUAUAAAAAUAGAAUUCUAUAUUUUCUAGAGAAAAUGUCUUGGCAUGUAUAGUUUUAUGACAAAAAAGAUAUGCAGAAUCUUUUUAUUUGCUCAGUAACUAACAACUUCAUAUGAUAAUAGUAUAACUAAAUGUUUUUAAUAUUUUAAUUGAAAGUUUUGAACUAUUUUCAGUGUGUAGGUGAAUUGAGUGAUUGUGCCAUUUAAUUUUUUUGGUCAUAAUGAAUUUCUUCUCAUUGUAAAUAAUGUUUUAAAUCUGUUUUAUUGUUUUGCUUUUAUUGUCAUUGUCAUAAUGAAUGUAAGUUAUAAUAAAAUGUAGUAUAAAAUAUCA